AUGAAUCAACCACCUCAGUACCAGCCGCAACGGCGGACGGGUACCUUCUCAUCACAACAUGAUGAGGCACACACCCCACCAGGCAUCGCGAGCCACCAGGGGCAUCCGGGACACUCAGGGCAUCAUGCGCACCAGGCCCAUCAGGGACACCAGGGCCAGCAAAUAUCUCCCCGCGACUACUCGACUGGCGCCCCGCACAUCAAGCUUGAUCAAGUCUCCCCCAACCUCUCCCAAAUGUCGGGCUACCAGAGCUCUGGAUCGGUGCCAGGCACGCUCCAGCCCGGUGGUGUGAGUUCCCGACAGCCGACAAUCCCCUCCAAUGCGGCCCCGACCAUUCCUAGCAUGCAACAGUCCGAAUAUCCAUCACAUCACGCCCAAACCCCUCCAAAACACGGCUCGCUGAGCCUCUCACACAGUUACUCGCGGUCCAGCCCUUCGGCACACUACGAAGCCGGAGGGCCAGGCUAUCUCCCGUACACCCCGACUACCCCGGGCGGUACCGCGACCUCGUCACAAUUCAUGUCCCCCACCGAACCCAAAUACGCCCCCUCAGGCUCGCAGCGCAAUAUCUCCAACACCCCGCUUGGUCUUGCGGAUAUCCGCCCACGCGCCGAUUCGAGUCUUUCGGACGGACUACCAGGCACCCCGGGCUACGAGCUGGCCAGCACCCAGCCACGUACCAGCAACUACAUGGCACCAUGGGCCCUCUACGCCUUCGACUGGUGUAAAUGGACCCCCCAUGCCAACAGCGGUGGGAAGCUCGCCAUUGGUAGCUAUCUUGAAGACGGCCAUAACUUUAUACAAAUUCUUGAUGCUCAGGUCAACAACACGCCGUCCGAUGCCUAUGUCCCUGGAGGGCCUAAAUGGUCCAUGGAUUUCACAAGGAUUGCGGAGGCAACACACUCGUACCCAGUAACCCGAUUACUUUGGGAGCCGCCCUCGUCACAAAAGCAAUCCACCGACUUGCUCGCUACCUCGGGUGACCAUCUCCGGCUUUGGUCACUUCCAUCCGACUCGCAGGCUUCUGUAUCAAGCUCUUCCAUAACAUCAAGAAAUGGCCGUGAUGCCCCCGUCACGAAACUCACACCGCUCGCGCUACUGUCCAACUCCAAGACGCCCGACCAUACCGCUCCGCUUACCUCGCUGGACUGGAACACCGUCAACCCAAGCCUGAUCAUCACCUCAAGUAUCGACACUACGUGUACCAUCUGGGACAUCCCAUCCUUGACCGCGAAGACUCAACUGAUUGCCCACGAUAAAGAGGUGUAUGAUGUCCGUUUCUGCGCUCAGAGCACCGAUGUGUUUGUGAGCUGUGGGCAAGAUGGCAGCGUCCGCAUGUUCGAUUUGCGGAGCCUCGAGCACAGCACCAUCAUCUAUGAGCCCACCGGUAAGGACGACAAAGACUCCAAUGGCGGCCGCAUGAGCCCGACACUCGCCCAGCAAACUCUCACCCACCCACCACCUCUUCUCCGCCUCGCUACUUCCCCGCACGACCACCAUCUCCUCGCCACAUUCGCCUCCGACUCCAACGUCAUCCGCAUCCUCGACGUCCGACAGCCAGGCCAAGCGCUUCUUGAAUUACGUGGCCAUUCAGGGGCGCUCAACUGCGUCGAGUGGUCCCCCUUGCGCCGUGGUACCCUCGCUUCCGGAGCGGACGACUGCCAAGUCCUCAUCUGGGACUUGAUGCAUAACAGUCAGGGUGGUGCAACGGCCCUCCCGGGUGCUGGAGGCGCGCCGGGACCGAACGGUGCCGCAGGAGCCUCUGGGGCAGGUGCGGGAGGUGAUAAUGUGCGCAGCCCGGUGAGCAGCUGGCAAUGCGAGUAUGAGGUUGGUAAUGUUGGAUGGGUCCCACAUUUGGCGGCGGGGGAGUAUGGCGAGUGGCUGGGAGUUAGUGCCGGGCGCGGUGUAUGGGGUGUCAAGUUAUAA